UCGCUCGCAUUUUUCUUGAUACGUCAUUUCCGUAUCCGCGACCCUCCCAGUACUCGAAACAUACACAAACAACGCAGACGCGCGAAUCGAGUUUGGUUUAGAGAUAAGAGUGGAACACCUGCUUGGCCUGCUCGAAGUCGUACAAAUGGAGGAAGUCCUUGCAUCGGCACGUCCGAGAGAACCCGGAAUGUUGGCCCGUUCUCCUAACGUCUGGAAACGACGAAUUCAUCAGACAGAUUCACUACAAAAUGCUCUACAACGUUAACAAUUGAUACGUUUCUCUGCUACCGCGCGAUACGAGAGAUUCGAAGAGGACGAGCGCACCGUUUCAGCGCAAUCUUUGUUGUUAUUUCAGAUACUUUUUUAUAGAAAUAAAUGUUAUUCUAUUCUGAUACAAGAGACUAAUACAUGCGUAUUACACGUUGACGGUGAGCAUCGAAAUUUAUUUGUUUGGAGACGAGCUCUGGGGCCAGUGCCACUUGGAGUUUCAGGAGAAUCGUCACUUUUACGGUCGAACGGUAUAUCUGGAAUUUUUUUCAGCUAAUUUUCACGAGAAACAAAACGUUGAUUUGAAGAAUGGAAAAACUUUUGAAACCGUAAGGGUGGCGCCUCCUUUUCAGCCCAUCGUUCGCGAUUACGUCAACGAUUUCAUAGUUUCUUUUUUCAGGCUGCUUUUUUCUGUAUUCGUUCUCUUGGAACGACCACUUCGCGCCGCUUCAAGUAUUUGUUGCUAUUACUUCAAUCGAGAGCUUACGACACACAGAAUGUGUAAAAUUCGACGUGAAAGUUUCGAAAGCUACCGCGUCAGAAAAUCGUUUCGCGUUCCCCCCACUUUCUCCCUUGACAAACUCUCGUCUAUGUUUAAGUUGAAACGCUGCUCUUGAAUGUCGCGCUCCGCAGCACCUGUGCCGCUUAUAGCUGACGCUACGAUUUUUCGCAGAUUUCGGGCUGCUCCAUUGGGUCAGGACACCGAGUAUGCCACGAAGAGCAUACCCUUGCGGCAAGUGUCAGAAGAUCUACGCGAACGCAUCUUCCCUGUACCGACACUUGAAGCUCGAGUGCGGCAUUCUUCCGCAGUUUCACUGUCCUUACUGUCGCUUCAGCUCAAAGAGGAAAUUCAAUUUGGACUCCCACGUGGCGCACAAGCAUCGAAAAUUGUUACAGUGUUACGUGAAGGAAUAAGACUGGACUCGUGCACCGUCUUUCAAACACGGUACCCGGUUAACUAAAGCGUCGAGAAGUCGUUUCGCGAACGCGAAUCGUUCCUCGCGAGUGCAAAGACGAGACUAUAGUGCACGCAGACGUACAAGAAUAUUGUAACCGAUGCGAAUAAAGAGGUGUUUGGAUUUCUAUCCUCGCCGACACCUUUCCUUAUAAUUUUCGAAUUACACGAAUAAAUUGUUCCGGCAAUUAAGCACGCUUUGUCUUAUGGUCCUCGUGCUGUUCAAAUGUUUAUUAAUCAGUCGUUUAUUCCGCAGAGAACUGGUACUGUGUUUUACGUUAACGUAUCCAUCAUCGUAUGCUCCUGAGGUCCCUUCGUUCGUCGUAGAAUGCGUUCGAUCUCCUAGUAAACAUGUGUUUCGUCAACCGUUUCUAACUUUGUGUUUGUCCGUAGUCGCGAUUGUGUCCAUGACGCGUUCCCGAACACGCAUCGAAUUUAAUCAUGUGAAUUUGUGUUUCAGGGUAUUCUACCUCGCAGGUCGAGGACACGUCGAAGAAAUUGUAUCCAUGCGCGCAAUGCGAUCGCAAAUACAAGCAUAAAAGUAGCCUGAAACGACACAUUCUGUACGAAUGUGGCAAGGAAAAGCAAUUCGUUUGUCCCAUUUGCAGUAAAAGGCUCACCCUGAGCGGCAUCCAGAAACACAAGAACGUUCAUUGAACCUUCGAUGCAACGUCUUUCGCGAAUAACGCUCGCGUUCGUUUCGAGGACAGGAAAGGAAGAAAGAUCCUGUCGCUGUCGUUCAGAGUCUCGUUGUCUCUGCUCUGAACUGUACAGUGUCUCGAAGUAUAUAAAUACAACAGUCGCUUGUGUAUAUUACACGAACUCGUCCGCUAAAAGUACUUCUUUGUAUAUUCGUUCAUUUCUCUGAAUAUCUACGACGCGAGAUCAUUCUGCGAUCAUCAACGAAGCAUCCUAUUUGGUGACUUUGUUUGGAGGGUUGGAAUUUGGCAUAUCUUUUCAUGUAAGACGGGACUCGGAGGAGAUGGAGAGACACAGAUCGCGCACCGCGAGCAGAGUUGGGCAGCGGUUACUUUUCUAAUCGGUAAAAUACAUUUGAAAUCGGUAGCGUGUAAUCGCGAUCGAUCAUGAUUAUAGAGUUGCAGACUACUAUUUUGCCCAACACUGACGGCGAACAUUGUACAAACUAUGGGUGGCGCGUAGGGUGCACGCUUGGCGUCUUUCCAUCUCGUUACGCAACCUUAAGAAUCUCACGCCUCUUCACGUAAACACGGCAAAAUUUUACCCUGGGCGCACCUAUCUCUCGGGGCUAUUGGCUGAUACGUUAUGUGUUGGGUUGGUUACGGGUUUAAUCUCACUGAUCUCUCUCGCCAGUCGCAUAACAACCAUCAUCCGUGCAUCGGGUCAAGAAACGCCUCUGUUCUCGAUCCUCGUCCCGUACCAACGAUCCACUUCCCUCUCCUAGCUCACACUUUUUCGUUUUCUCCGCCCGAUUUUCUGUUUCGUUUGAUAAAGUAACCUCUUACCUCGCUCUCGCGUCUCGCUUGGCGCCGGGACCUGUUGCAGGAAUGGUUGCGUUGCUGUCGUUGUUGCGGUCCGAUUACAAGCAGCAGCAGCAGCAGCAGCCGACGGGCAAAAAGGGCCGCACGUCGACAUCGUCAUCGACGGCCACCACUCGAGGCAACGUCGUCGUGGCGAGCAGACGCGUCAGCAGCAACGCGGGUGACAGCAACAGCUACGACAGCGGGACCGACAACAACAACGCGCGCACCACCUCCUCGACGCGUGAGGUGGUUUUCCCAGACUCUUUCGAGGUGCUGCCCCAACCGCGCGACCUCAGCGUCGUCUACAUGGGCGUCCCUCACGAGCAGCAACGAAAGUUCAGGUGUCGUUUCUGCGGCAAGGGUUACCGAUGGAAAAGCACGAUGCGUCGCCACGAGAUGGUCGAGUGCGGCGGCAAACCGCCGGCCUUUCAAUGCCCCGAGUGUCCUUACAAGGCAAGGCAACGAGGCAAUCUCACGGUGCACUACAAACGGCAUCAUCAGAAGAUCGGUUACGACGAGGGCGCCUAGGAGACUCGGAGUCUCCGCGAGUUGGGCACGAUCGUCCUGGAAAUGUCACGUGUCAGUCGACGAGUUUCUAGCAUCGAGUAUUUUAGGCGACUUUCUUGUGGGUUGUAAGUGGAGUGUAAUAUACAUCGGGAACAAUUGUAAAUAACAAACGUGAGAGAAUCGCCGCGAGCGUUAUUUUUCAAAGUCUCUGAGGGACUACGUCGGGUCGACAGGAUACGUUAAUUUAGGUAGCUCUCGGCAGCUUUUUACGAAGACACGCAUCUCCGUCUUCGUGAUACAAUGUCCACAAUCUAGCCUAUUUUUUAACCCCUCCACGCCGACGUAAUCGCUGAAGAAUCUUUAGUUGUAUCGAAUACUUUUACCGACUUAGAAGCAUAAGCUUAGGGGACCCGAAUGGCGGACUAUCGUAGGAAAGUUAUUAGAUUAUUUUUUUCUUUAAUCAAUUUAUUACCUCAGCGUAAGAAUUUAUCGUGGUAUUUCGGUUCUUCGUGUACAUAAUCUCAAUCUCUCUACUUCUAUUUAAAGGGUUAUUUUGUGUAUUCUCUAGAAGUGGUUUAUUAAUCGAUCGCCGGUUAAUUUGCGUGGUAUUUUUAUUUUCUAGAUAAACCAGAAAUCGGUAUUUAAGUUCAACGGCAUUUAAUUUCUAUGACGAUCGUACCACGAACAAUUGCAGUCUGCGUGUUUUUCGUGGAUUGCAGACAUUUAACUCAACAUUCCAGAAACGCGCGAUAUCUACUAUACGUUCGAGUCUCAGGAUUUAAACGACUUAAAGCGAUAACGGAAGGAUCGGGGCGAUAGCUCUGUUCUUGUCGUGUUGACGUCGAGGCAAAAUUGACGAUCGCGUGUUACCACUGUUCGAAAGUUUUUUUUACCACAGAAUUUUGCGUAUUUUCUAGUACACUUACAUCGUAGGUAUUUUUAUAUUUAGAUGUUAACGCUGCUUCGUUAUUGGAACGUUACAAAUUUUUUACUAGGUAAAUGGAAGCGUAAAGGCAGUUGUAGGUACGAAAUUACCGAUCAUUCCGAGCGUGAUAAGGAUAUGGGUGAAAAGUGCCUUGUUUUAAUAGGAACGAAACGUUUCAGUAAGAUGCGAAUCGUUCGUGCGUCAAGCACGACCGUCGCGUAUCGCUGGCGAUUUAUUGCGAAAUAAUCUCCAGAAAAUCGGUUACCUGAGAGCACCUUAUAGACUUAUGAUAGAAAAUAAUAAUUAUACGAUCUUCCAUCUUCGCCCUAAAAUGGAAAACAAACGCGAGAACUACGAUUCUUCGCUCCGUUGUUUCCUCCACGUUUACGAGGAACAACGAAUUCUGUACUUCAGCGACGUAUGCAUUUAACAGGUAGCAAAAUGCCGAUGGAAAAGAAACAUAUUCGAAAUUUUCGACUCACUUUGCAUGAGACGAUCGACGAUAACAGGCUAGAGGGUUAAAUAGUAUCCUAUUUUCUUAACGACCGCUACGCGUCUCUAUCGAUCGCGAUUGUAUUUAUUGUGUAUGGAUUUCAAUCAUCGUAGUCGGCCAUUAUCAGCCAAGAAAAGGAAACGUUAUUAUUCGAUUCAAAUUUUCUGUACUCAAGUAACUUUGUAAUCGUUUGACAAUGAAUAUCAAAUUUGGUACUGAGCAAGUCUGUUAUGAUUGAAACACUACGCUCGACAAUCAAGGUUAGACGCUAGAAUUUGUAAGAAUCACUGUACCUUUAAGCGAAUUUAUCGACGUGGAGAAACUUACCCUUGUUAUAUAACGACGAGAGGAUUCAAGUCCGCUCGAACGAACAAAGGAGCCGAUCUCUAAUUCCUCUGAGGUUCGAGAUUCCCUCUAAGUCGACUAAAGUCUCGUACCAGAGAUGAGCAAAAUUCUCGUUUACGUAAAAAAUGCCGAACAAAUUAAAAUACGUAUUGUAAGAGUGUUUGCUCAUUUCUGCGUCGUACAAACUGCUCCCGCGAUUAUCGAGAUCCGUACGCUGAGGAAUUACACGCUCGAUCGCGCAUCGUACUUGACAACAUUCCAUAAUUCUCUCGAGAUCGACUCAUUUGUCGUUCUACGCGGAAUCAUUUUUUUAGCGUUUUAAGAAGCAAAGUUUUUUUUUUUCCAUUUUUAUACGAGCAUUUAUGAACGUAUCGCGCGCAAAGUGAAAGAGCGUGUAUAUACAAGAGAAGAAAAAAAAAGAGAGAAGAGAAAGAGGUCCCCGUCGAGAGACUUUUGUCCCUGGAUCGGGGUCCAGUAUUUUUGAUAUCAGUAUUUGCGGACACUCGCGUCGACGUGCCUGCAAACUAACGUAGAAUAUACUCGUUAUACCGUCUCCCUGAUACCUCAACGUUGUGAAUCUUGCGCGAUGAGUUUCCGAGACUAUUUUUUGAGAAUCGAUCAAGUGUAAUUAAUUCCCCGUAUCGCCGACCUUUGUUACCGAAACUCUUAAUCGUUUAAUAUUUAAGCAACACGUGUUUCAGUUUUCCUUCUUUUUUUUUUCCGUUUUAUUUUUAUUUUUAUUAUUUUUUUUUUUCAAACGUCUUUCGUCUCUCUCAUUUCAUUUACGGCGUAUCGGCGAGGAGAGAAUGGAAAUUGUCCCUAACGAAUACUCGUUUCGGUAUUUAGCACUUUCAAUUUUUUUUUCUUCUAUUCUUUCUAUUUUAUUUUUGGAAAGGUUUACCAAGCGAACUAUGGAAUAUCUAUCACGAUUAUUAUCAGCAAUUAAUAUUAUUAUUAACAUUAUUAUCAUUAUUAUUAUUAUUAAUAUUAUUAUUAAUAAAAAGACAAUCUUUGUUGCGGGUUAUUUUCUAAACGAUCGCACGUGUCAUUCUAUUUUCCCACAUAUAUCCACGUUUUUGUGUCGCAAACCACUCGAACUUGCAUUUGAUUACUCGCAAAACGUACCCGAAAAAAGCUCAGCCGUUUGGAACUGUGACGAUGCAAAGGGAGAAUGCUCCGGUAUAGAUACCUCGGAGCUCUCGUGGGUAUCGAGAAAACAUUCCCGGAUUUACGAGCGUUCCGCUAACCAAGAAUUUCUGUUUUCAGCGUGUUUCUACCGGCUACCCGUCAAUUUCGAGACGUACCCAUGCGACACCUGCGGCAGACAGUACCGAAGGCUGAUAUCGUUGCAGCGGCACAAGAGGCUCGAGUGCGGAAAAGAGGCUCAAUUCGAGUGCGUGCUGUGCCAUGCCAAGUUCAAGCACAAGCACAGUCUGCUGAGGCACUAUAACGUUCACGUGGCGGACGUGAAGAAAUCGGACACGUACAGACGGGAGGAGAGGUCUGCUUGACAGGCGAGACUGGUGACUUCGAUGCAGGGAGAGACAAGCUGCGGCGCGUGACGGUUCGCACGCUUACGGACCGAUUACGUUAACUUGCCGUCGACGUAGAUUCGCCGCUUCGCCUCGAGAUAUACGUAUUUUUUUAUUGACUUUGCGGCUCACAUCUAGUUUCUAUCACUUUUAGUUCGUCGGCACUUUGCCACUUAACGUGGUCGGUCAAUAAUUUCCAGUCUGCGAACCAAUGGCGCACGGAAAUUGAGCGCAACAUUUUAAUUUUGCAGACUCUGAUGCAUUUUAUUUCGUUGUAGUAACAUGUACGCCAUCGUGGUCGUAACCCCUGAAGCCCUUCCCUUCUUAACUCUACUAAUUUAAAUAGUAAGGGUUCGCACCGAAUGUGCCGAUACUAGAAAUUCUUAUUUAACGUAACGAAACGUUAAACACGUUCAGGAAUAUUUAUUUAUUUUAUCAUCGGAUAAUAUUAUGGAUAUGCACAAUGAAUUCCAUUGCCUUCGGGAGGCUGCCACGUUUGAUUUACGAACGGUGUAUGUCCAUUGUUACAAGAAAUAAAAAUUACAUUUCGUUAAGUCUGUUAUAUUAGUGUACACCACCUCAGGAAUUUACAAAAAAAAAAAAAAAAAAAGAACAUAUCCUUCUAGUUAAGCUGUCUUGUUUUCUUUUUUUUCAAAGAUCCUUGUCUUCCUAGCGCAAUAUUUUUAAUUAUCGAUUAAUGGAGUUUUCCAUGACAUUUCAUUGGUAAAAAUGUCACUCGAAGCUUUCAGAAGGCGAGCAAACGAACGAGUUCCGAAGUCAGUAGUAACUGGCUCAUAACAUAAAUUUCCAGUCUUCGUUACAAGUUCUCGCAAAGCUUGCAACGAAUACUAUAAAUGUAUACCUUACGCUUUACUGCGAGGGAUCGCUACAAAAGUAAUCGCAACCUAACUCUGGUUUGCCCGGUAUUAAGGGCGAAGAUUUUAUCCGUUCGGUGUGUUGUCGAUCGCAGCGUCAUCGUUCAGACGGAACAUCAACUUGAACGUUUCUUUUCGUUUCAGGUUUUUGGCACAAUCCGGUCCCAGAUGCCAGGAACGUGGUGUACUUGCCGCAAGUCGAACCGAUGCCGACCGAGCAACCUCGAAACCCACGCGGCGAAGCAGCUUUCAAAUGUCCCGACUGCGGCCGUUUCUACAUGAGACAGUCCUGCUUAAAGCGUCAUUUGAGCACCGAGUGCCGCAAAACGCCGAUGUUUCAAUGCAAAAUCUGCCUGGGAUUCUUCACGUACAGGCACAACUUGAUGUCCCACAUGAGGAUCCACACCGAGGGGCCGCAGUAUAGUUGCGGUCUAUG